AUGGCUGCACAAGUCGACUUGGUCCGUGCUAAAGAAGAAAAGAUAAGGGACAACCUCGAUAAAAUAUCUAAAGAAAAGAAAAAGAAGAAGAAGCGCGAAUGCUCACCGACUGCUGGCAUUAGGUCAGAGAAAGAGGCGAAGAAAAUUAAGCUCCAUCACCAUCAACACCAUCAACAUGUCCAACAACGAAUACAUCAACCACACCAACAACAGCAGAAUUCUCAGCCUCGCAACUUCGGCGGCUCCGAGCAAGCACCAGUGCAACAUCGCAAUCACAACCACCAUCAUCACAGUUCAAAGAAAGAGGUACCUUUGGACAAACUUUGGCCGCCGCGGAAAGUGACACCAGCGCUCCCGCAGAAGACAUCUGUGCCCAGUGUGCUGCCACCCACUCCGUUGUUCACUUUCACGCCGCUGAAAGUGGCCAAGGCCAAGUCUCAGAAUGACAAGAAGGAAAAGCACACCGAAAAGGAUACGAAACUCAAACCCAAGAAGGAAAACACAGAAGUUAACACAAAAGUUGGGAUAAUCAAGAAAAAGAAAGAGAUUCACAAUGAGAAUGGUAAAUCUCAGUCACUGGAAGAGUACCUCCUUAAAAAGAAGAAAAAAAAGAAAAAGCAUCGAGAAGAUGAGCGUGGGAAACGUUUACGGAUGCACAACAGGGAGGUUCAGACUGUUUGUGCAGGACUGACAGGUGACUACCCUCCAUCCACUAACGAUCCGGCAGUUCUCACAUACAUCAAGGAUGAAAAACUCUGUCAAACCAGCCCUGGCAUGGAUGAAUAUCGCACUCCUAAAGGAGUCCAGACCCCCUUCCUCUCCCAUCAGGACCACUGCAUUCGCAGCUCCUGUCUGCAGACAAACUCCCCUUUCAGCUGGCUGAUUCACGAAGAAAGGCAGCCCAACGGUGGUGCGGCAGUGCUACACGCCUACGCAGACGAGCUCUCGUACCUGCGGCCCGGGGACGCCGAGAGGUUUGCUCAGGAGUUCCUGGAGCUGGCCUUUGCGGAGAACCCUAAAGGAGCUGCUCGUUAUGCACUUGCUGUGGUGCAUGGAGCUGCUGCCUACUUGCCUGACUUCCUGGACUACUUUGCCUUCAAUUUCCCCAAUACACCUGUCAAAAUGGAGAUCCUUGGCAAGAAGGACAUUGAGACCACCACCAUCGCCAACUUUCACUCUCAGGUAAACCGGACAUACUGCUCGGGGACGUACAGAGCCGGGCCUAUGAGACAGAUCAGCCUGGUGGGUGCAGUGGAUGAAGAAGUGGGCGAUUAUUUCCCGGAGUUUCUUGAUAUGCUGGAAGAAUCCCCUUUCCUCAAGAUGACUUUGCCAUGGGGCAGUCUGUCCAGCCUGAAACUUGACUGUCGGUCCCAGAGCGAUGAUGGGCCGAUCAUGUGGGUACGCCCUGGUGAACAGAUGGUGCCCACUGCAGACAUGCCCAAGUCUCCCUUCAAACGGCGCAGAUCCAUGAACGAGAUCAAGAACCUGCAUUACCUGCCCAGAACCAGUGAGCCUCGCGAGGUUCUGUUUGAGGACAGGACGCGGGCCCACGCGGACCACGUGGGCCAGAGCUUUGAUUGGCAGAGUACAGCCGCCGUGGGAGUGCUGAAGGCGGUGCAGUUUGGAGAAUGGAGUGACCGCCCCCGCAUUACCAAAGAUGUAGUCUGCUUCCAUGCAGAGGACUUCAGUGACGUGGUCCAGAGACUUCAGCUGGACCUGUAUGAGCCUCCUGUGUCCCAGUGUGUUCAGUGGGUUGACGAUGCUAAGCUGAAUCAGCUGAGGCGGGAAGGCAUCCGCUACGUACGUGUUCAGCUCUGUGAUGAUGACAUCUACUUCAUACCCCGCAACGUCAUCCACCAGUUCAAGACGGUCUCUGCCGUCUGCAGCUUAGCCUGGCACAUCCGCCUCAAACAGUACCACUCUGAGGAGCCGGAGCCUGAAGAGGCCAAGAGUCAGGAGCAGAAAUCCACCUCGCCACCUGCCCCCUCCUCGCCCUCUCACCCAGAUACCAAAGGCCCUCAGUGUGCGCGGAUGCAGACAGACACUGCUAAAGUUGGGGGAGUCGCCAAGACGGAAGAGUGUGUUUUCCAGAAGCCUGCAGCACCCCUCAAAGAGCCUCAGCCUGCUCCCCCCCAGCCUGCCAAGUCUGCCCACGCACCCACUUCCACUCCUUUGCAAGAGCGGAGUCCACUUCCUGCUGCUCCCUGCUCUUUAGCCCCUCCCACCCCAGAACCCACACUUCCACAGGCUUCAGCGGAGCCCGUUUCUGACCCCUCCCCUCACAGUGACCCCCGGUGUAGACCCUAAUGAUUACUCCAAAUGACCCAAAACCCAAACCCCUCUCCUGGAGAAAAGGGAGAGAAUUAUUUAACUGACUUGACUGGCAUUCCACUUUGUCAAAAAAAACAGGAAAAAUUUUGGGUUGUAUUUCCUCAGAAAUACGUCUGAUGGCUU